AUGAGCGAUCGCGACGAUGGGCUCUACGCCCAUCAGGCGUCCCCUGUCUACGGCCAAGACCCGGAGAAGAACAGCACCAGAGCCGGCAACUACGAGAAUGUUCACAUCCACGGACUCGAGACUUCGGCCUCGACGUCGUUGCACCGCGGCCUCAAGGCACGCCACAUUUCCAUGAUCGCCAUCGGAGGUGCUUUGGGAACUGGUUUGAUCAUCGGAACGGGCAAAUCAUUGGCCCAGGCCGGACCUGGCAGCCUCCUUAUCUCAUACGCUGCCAUAGGGAUUCUUGUUGCUGUUAUAAUGUCUAGCCUUGGAGAGAUGGCGGCAUAUCUUCCCCUCGCAGGGUUCUCGAGUUAUGCCGCUCGGUAUUGCUCUCCCUCGCUUGGAUUCGCGACAGGGUAUACCUACCUUGGAAAAUACCUUGUGAUUACACCAAAUCAACUGACAGCGGCCUCCCUGGUUAUCCAGUAUUGGUGUCCACGAGAGAAAGUGAACCCAGGUGUAUGGAUCGCGAUCUUUCUGGUUGUCAUACUUUUGGUGAACGGAAUCGGAAUUGCAAAGUUCGGAGAAAUCGAAUUCUGGUUAAGCUCAGUGAAAGUUCUGGUCAUGUUGGGUAUUAUCAUCUUUGCAAUCGUCAUCGCUUGCGGGGGCGGUCCGAAUGGCGAUGCCCCGGGCUUCCGAUACUGGCACAACCCUGGUGCCUUCGCCGAGCUCUACGACACGGGGGCAACUGGAAAGUUCCUAGGAUUUUGGUCCGUAUUAUUAAACGCAACAUUCGCCUACCUCGGGACUGAGCUAGUAGGAGUAACUGCGUCGGAAGCCCAGAAUCCGAGGCGCAAUAUUCCAAAAGCUAUUAAACUCACAUUCGUCCGGAUAUGCGUCUUCUACAUCCUUUCGGUUUUCUUGGUCGGGCUCAUCGUCCCUUACAACUCCAAGUCUCUCGCUUUCGCGAAUGCUCAGAAGACAGGGGCGAGCGCAUCCCCCUUCGUGGUAGCAGCAAUUGUGGCUGGCGUCAAGGUGCUGCCCCAUAUUCUGAACGGGAGUAUCCUGAUUUUUGUACUGUCGGCAUCAAAUACCGACUUAUACAUCGCAUCAAGAACCCUCUACAGCAUUUCAUCGGACGGGAAUGCUCCUGCCAUCUUCAAGAGAGUGAACAAAAGAGGCGUCCCCUAUGUAUCGCUCCUCUUUUGUGCGGCCGUUGCGUGCUUGGCAUUCCUCAACGUUGCGGAGAGCUCGACUGUCGUUUUCGGCUACUUCGUGAACCUCGUCACGGUAUUCGGCAUCCUGACCUGGGUCUCCAUCCUCGUCACCUAUCUCUUCUUCCUCCGAGCCCGUCGUGCCCAAAACAUCCCCGACAGCAGCAUGCCUUAUGUGGCCCCCCAGGGCUACUGGGGAACGGCCAUUGCGCUGUUCUUCGUGAUACUCGUCACUCUCACCAAGAACUACGAUGUCUUCGUUCACACUCCCGCGCGUCAAUUCGACUACAAGAACUUCAUCACGGGAUACUUGGGCAUUCCUGUGUACAUCUUCCUCUUUCUGGGCCACAAGCUCGCCACCAAGAGCAGGAUCCUAAAGCCCCACGAGGUUGACUUCUUGACUGGAAAGGAUAUCAUUGACGCACAAGAGAGGGAGUUUUUGGAGGAACAGGAGGCUAAGCACGCCAAUGCCGAGGGCAUGACCAAAUUCUACAACCGCUAUGUAUCGUGGCUAUUCUAGCCUUGGCUCGGAUGGUUAUAUGUGGAAGAGAGUUCGCAGAUGUCUUUGAAGCAUUAGAAUUUACAUAUUCUGUAUACUGUUUAUGUGGUAUG